AUGAACAAAAGUUUUGAUAACAAAAUUGGCCUUCCCAAAGCAAGUGAAAGAUCAUCUUCAAUUCCAAGGCUAAAGCAGUGAAACUCAGAUAUCCCAAAUAAAUUUUUAUUAAGCAGUCCUAAAUACUCAAAUACCAGCAUAGGUCUUUCUUCCAUCAAUUGUGUGACAACACCUACAUCUCAUCUGGAUAGCCUUAUUAUGCAGACUGAAAGAGAAUGCACAGAGAUUAAAAAAGCGAUUUAUGAUAAAGGAUUAGAAGAAAAAGCAUUUCUUGCACAAUUGAUUAGAAAACUGGCUAUUUUUAAAAUUAUUUAUUCUGAUAACUAAUUUUAUAUAAUUAUUCAUCACAAUUUUAUAUAAAAAAUAAUUUUAGAAAAGAAAUUGAAAAAGAGUUAACAAGGCUUGAUGGUAAAUUUUCUGUUGAAAAAAAUGAAGGAAAGCAAGAAUCACCAUCUGUGCUUGAAUUUAUUAAUGAAGUCAUGAGUGAAAAUAGAUUGUUAAAAGAAAAUUUUAUGAAAAUAUUAUCAAAUAUUGAUAUGAAAGGAAGCGGCUUAGCUGUCAUCCAAGAAUUGGAAAUAAUGCUGAAAGGCCAAAAUUUGUUGUUCUUAAGAGUUUUUGAGCAGAUUGAGAAGGCUGCAAGCAACCUUAGGAGUUAUGGAAAUAUUCUUAAAGAAAGAGAAAAUAUGAUACAAUCACAAGAAAAUGAUCUAGCAAUUAUGCAAAAAGUUGUGGAGAGUGAAAAGAAAAGAAUCACUGAAGAAAAGAUGUGAAUAACAAAUGAAAAAAUAAAAAUAGAUAAUGAAUAUCAUUUUAUUCUACAUCAAUUUAUAUUGAAUAACAUAAAUUUAGAUAGGCAUUACAAUAAUACCCCAAAAUAUUUUAUUCAAUUCAACUCAUUGUAGCAUAUUCAAGACGAAAAAACUAAAAUGAUGCAAGAUAUGGAAAGAAUUUACCAAAAAAUAAAUAUUGAAAGUGUGGAUCAUUUAAAUUCUGCUGGAACUACUUUUUCUAGCUCUAAAGAGCCAAAAAGCGAAAAAGAUAAAUCUAACUCAGAAAAUUCCAUUAAAGAUCAUGAUGACAUACAAAAACCUCAAAAAGAUUUGAAUAGUCAAGAAGGGUCUAAAUAUAAAUAUUUAGAAAAUCAAGCCUACGAAAUAAAAGAUAAAAGCUCUCAUUUACGAUCAAAAAGACUCAAUCUUGAAAUAGGUAUAAAAGAUACAGAUAGAACUGAAGAGCUAAAUGAUGAUUCACACAAAUUCCUUAAAAUAAGUCCAAAAUUGAUUCUAAAAGAAAACAAUUCAGAAAAUUCAAAAGAAAAAUCCUUAUUAGAAGAUUAUUAUUUAAAUACUCAUAGGAAUAGAGAAAACGGCUGGCAGUUAUCAAAUAAUUGUGAAACAAAUACAAGUGACAUAGAGUCCUUAUGUGAUACCCUAUCCAAAAAUGAGCCUCUAUUUUCUCAAUUCACCCACGAAAUUUAUCAAAAAUCUCCAGAACCCAAAAAAUAUGAAGAAAAUGUUCUAAUUGAAGACUUCAGCAAGCCAUUUAACUUAAAUCCGCUGAAGAGCGCCAGCCAAACCCCAUCCCAACCCAAAGCAGUAUCCAAAAGAGAUACAAAAUGCUUUGAAAACCUAAAGAAAACCAUCAUGCUAAAGCAGCAGAGAAGCAAUAGCACUUCAGCUUCAAUUAAAAGUGUAUAUAAAUAA